AUGAAUACCUCCUACUUUGUAUGGAACUGCCAAGGGGCAGCAUCUAGUAAGUUUUACAGGGUCUUAAAAUCCUUGCUGCAGGGAUAUAAGCCAGACGUAGUGGUGCUAGUGGAACCAAGGAUAUCAGGUGCAAAGGCCGACCAAGUCAUACGUAAGAUAGGAUAUCAGAAUUCCCACAGAGUUGAAGCCGUGGGAUACUCAGGUGGGAUAUGGCUGCUAUGGCGUGAUCAUCUGACUAUAGAGAUUGUCUCUAACCACAAACAAUUCAUCCAUACAUACAUACAACGAGCUAAUGAGACGACAGCUACUGCUUUCACAGCAAUCUAUGGAAGCCCCAAUGCUUCAAGACGGGAGCACCUUUGGCGAGAUCUUUUAAAACUUCAGGUGAGUGAUGAUGAACCGUGGCUUAUAGCUGGUGACUUCAACGCCACACUAGCCGAAGGUGAUAGAAAGGGUGGUAGUCGAAGGAAUCAAGGGGGCUGUAGCAAAUUUCAGAAUUUUGUUAAGGAGGCUGGAUUAAUUGAUCUUGGCUUCUCCGGCCCAAAAUUCACCUGGCAAAGAGGUGGUUUAUUGGUAAGGUUGGAUAGGGCCUUAAAGCAACAAAACAUGGGUCACUAUGCAGCCCAACACGGCAGUAAUGCACCUUCCAAGACUACAAUCUGA